GAGAGCCGCCGGCACCCGGAGCGCGGGCGCAGGGCGUCGGCGCACUCGGAGCACGGGGACCGCUGCUACUCCGAGACGGACGCCAUGCUGCCCGAGGGCCGGCUGUCGGGAGAGGAGGAGGAGGAGGAGGAGCAGGAGGAGGAGGAGCUGAGGGAGCAGGAGGCGGCCAGGAGGAUGCCCAAGGAGUCCCCCCUAGCCAUGGCCCUGCAGAUCCUGCUGCCCUUCCUCCUGGCGGGGUUCGGCACGGUGUCGGCCGGGAUGGUGCUGGACAUCGUGCAGCACUGGGAGGCCUUCAAGAACGUCACCGAAAUCUUCAUCCUGGUUCCGGCGCUCCUGGGGCUGAAGGGGAAUCUGGAGAUGACGCUGGCAUCCAGGCUGUCCACUGCGGUGAAUGUGGGAAAAAUGGACUCUCCUAUAGAGAAGUGGAAUCUUAUUAUUGGGAAUCUUGCCCUGAAGCAGGUGCAGGCGACGGUGGUGGGGUUCCUGGCGGCUGUGGCGGCCGUGGUCCUGGGCUGGAUCCCCGAGGGCAAGUUCCAGCUGAGCCACGCCGUGCUGCUGUGCUCCAGCAGCGUGGCCACCGCCUUCAUCGCCUCGCUGCUGCAAGGUAUCAUCAUGGUUGGCGUGAUCGUGGGCUCCAAGAAGACGGGGAUCAACCCCGACAAUGUUGCCACCCCGAUCGCGGCCAGCUUUGGGGAUCUCAUCACUCUGGCCAUUUUGGCAUGGAUCAGCCAGGGCCUUUACAACUGCCUCGAGACGCGCCCCUACGUGUCCUCUGUGGUGUGUGCCUUCUUCCUGGCCCUGACGCCCAUGUGGAUCGUCAUCUCCUCCAAGCACCCGGCCAGCCGCACGCUGCUGUACUCCGGCUGGGAGCCCGUCAUCACCGCCAUGAUCAUCAGCAGUAUCGGAGGGCUCAUUCUCGACAAAACUGUGUCUGAUCCUAACUUGGCCGGUAUUGUUGUUUACACACCCGUCGUGAACGGUAUUGGUGGGAAUUUAGUCGCAAUCCAGGCCAGCCGGAUAUCUACCUACCUGCAUUUCCACAGCAUCCCUGGGGAGGUGCCAGAGGAGGCCAAGGGAUGCUACUGCCCCUGCAGGACGUUCUGUGGCUCAGGUGCCAACCACCGCUCCGCUCAGGUGCUGCUGCUGCUGGUCCUCCCCGGCCACCUGAUCUUCCUGUACACCAUCCACCUGAUGAAGAGCGGCCACACCACCCUCACGCCCAUCUUCAUGACCGUCUACCUGGUGGCGGCGCUGCUGCAGGUUUUCACCCUGCUGUGCUUCGCAGACUGGAUGGUCCACUGCAUGUGGAGGAACGGGAAGGACCCCGACAGCUUCUCCAUCCCUUACCUCACCGCCCUGGGGGACCUGCUGGGCACGGCCCUGCUCGCGCUCAGCUUCCACUUCCUCUGGCUAAUCGGCGAUCAGGACAGCGACGUGGGCGACUGAGCGGCGGCCUGGGCCCCGGGACGCCGCUGCUGCUGUCCGCGGGCCAGAGGAGACGCCGCCUCCGACAGCAGGCGGGACAACGCCUGCACUGCGGGGUCAAGUAACGCAAGGUCACAGGCGGAGGAGCGUGUCCUCUCCCAGACCACUGCCCUGUUCAAACGAGAGAGCCAUGCAGCGAACUUCUGAGCGUGCCGCUGCUGCAGACAGGGAAGUGGGUCCGUUCUGCCUUGGAGCUCUGUGCUGCGGACCGAGUGUCCGACACUGAGCGAGCGUCUACAUUCGCAAGCAACUACGAGCCUUUCAAAUGUGGAGCAGUCUUGUCCAAAGAGUCACGGGCUCCAUUUCCCAGUCUUCUCCUCUCCGUGUCCUGCAUUCAAAUCUUCGGUGAGGGCUGCACAGUCCGAUCUCUUCAUCCACAAGCCCGCUAGCUGAGCCUACGACAGGGCUUUCAGGCUUCUGAGUCUCAGAACAUUUAAAGCUACUAAUAAGGAGUGUUUUUCUCACUGGAGUUUUUGUCACGCAUUGGAAACAGAUGGAACUGGUCUUGCACCAGAGGAAAGAAAGAACUUUAAAAGUUGCCAAAUGAUUUUGGAUGGCAGUAAUGAAUUUAUGCAAACUCUCAUUUCCUAUCAUUGCCUUUUCUGUGCUGUGGGAAAAAAAAUCCCACAGAAAGUGAGUUCGGCUGGAGCUCUGCCAGCAGUCAAGUGCCAACAGGGGGCAGUAAUGGGUCCGGGCCGCAGUGGGGUGGGACUUGCUUAGUGCAGGAGUGCAGCUGGACUCCCGGGCAUGUGGCAAUGGCACGGCCAUAAAGAGAAGGGCCUGCUGCACAGCUAGCUCCUCGUGGGUCCUGUCAGUCAUGUCUUCAGCAGGGAUGCUAUGUGACCCCAUGAUUUUUUGUGCUGGUGAGAGCUUUGGUCUUCAUCCAGAGUCUGUCAGCUGCAGGGCUCCGGCUCAUUGAUCGGAGAUGCCUGCUGUCUGUGUCCCAGUCCAUGCCUCCUGUCCAGCCCACAGAGCUGCAAGUUAGUGACCUCGUCCCACUGGUGGGCAUCCUCUCCUGUGUCUCCCUUCCCCGCUCACAGCCCUGAGCACUGAGGACACCCACCAGGCCCUCCGGCCACAACUGGUCGCUGGUGCUGCCCUGGAGUCGGGCCCAUCCCUCGCAGUACCACUGGAAGAGGGUUCAGAACCAUCUCAGUGGGUUUUUCUGCUGUCAUGGUGCAAUGUCACCUGAGGUCCAGAGGAGCAGAACUUACUGCACACUGUAGGUCUCUCCUUCCUCAGCUAUGUGUUCCUUAAGUAUGUAAAAGCUGGUGUUGAGUGUUUCAUUGUUACUAGUUGGCUUCCUGUGCUCUCUCGCUCUAAAAUGGUGGGUUUUCGUUUUCUUAAGAGAAGUGUUUGUACCCAGUCCAAAUUUAAGCAGCACCUUAAACUGUUUUCUUGGUACUUUCCAAGAGCCGUGAUCAGGUUCUGUUAGCGGUAUUAAAAUGUCUCAUGAGGAUUCUGGCUCUUGAUUCUGUCCCGCAGUAGCUUGUAUGAGCUGCUGGUAAUUGGAAACAGCUGUGUGCAGGUUCUAAUGAAGUAACUGACACCCUUUCACCCUUGAAAUACUGCUGCUCUUGACCAGGACCCUUGCCAGCAUUCCAGCAGAUGAAAAGCCCUGUAAGAGGUGUCUCUCCAGAAUUAUACAGCGUGGGUCCUGGAACAAAUCAGACCUUCCCUCUGCACUGUUGCUAGCGGACACAGUUUCAUAUCAAAACCAUAAAAAAGCACCAUCUGUGUGCAGAUAAGGUUUUUCAUGUUCAGUGGUUCUCUGAACGCGGCAAAGAAUUUGGCUGUGAGUCUUGUCCAGUGACCCACACUCCCAGUAUGAUGGCUCCUCUGAUGCCAGCUCUGAGUCAUGGUCUCAGUGAAGCUGUAGAGUGUCCUGAGAGUGAGGUGCCACGAUCAGGGAAUCCUCCCUGCAGUGUUAGUACUGGCUCAGCAUUUCUUAGGAUCACCAUUCCAGUCGCAUGGUUAAUUUAUUUUUAUUUACAAAAUCCAAAUCUAGAAAUGAACUCCAUCCAUUUUCUAACCAGUUUACCCAAUUUGGGGUGGCCGGGAUGCUGGCAAGCAAUGGGUGCAAGUGAGACAAAGUCCCGCAAUGUAAUUCUUCCCCAGGCUCACAAACCUGUCAUUUUCAGUUCCACUUGGGCCCCUUCUGAUUUGUCUGAAGAGAGUAACGUAUUCAAGGAGUUGCAGCAUGUAGCGGUCAGUAAAUUACCAAUCGUCUCCACUUAUUCAGCCCACAAAACCAUCUGGUUUCACUAACAUGAAGAAAGUGUCUGUGCAUUGCAGCCAGAUGGCAACUAGCUGACCAGCAUUCAGAGUGGGUUUAUUUAGUGUGGGCUCUGCUCUUGAUUCCUCAUUGAGACCUAACCAACAGGUCUGAUGCGAAACCCAUGUGGACACAAGAGCUAAGGUAUUAAUUCACUAAGAAUUAAACAUUAAGAAUAUCCUAUUCACAGUCUCCAAAAUGUGUUCCUGCAGUUCUGUCCUUUUAAAGAAAGCAUACAGUAUGGCAGUGUUCUCUCCAACCCCGUGUGUUUUAAUCAAAGCUUUAGUAACAACAAGAUGAUGAAUAACAGGCCUCACAGUUAAUAUCUGAUGCCGGUAUGCUUCAUUUAUUUUGUCUGGUAUUCUAAUACAGUUACCUGCAGACUCAGCUUUUUACUGUCUGAUCAAGCAGAUCUCAUUUGUAAGGACUGAUCUCCAGAUAUUUAAGGGCCCUGUAUAUCUGGCACUCAGCCAGAGUACAUAACAGCGUACCUGUGCUUGUGUUUUCAGCGUUUCAGCCGAGUGCAGUUUGAAGAAUAGAUCAUCUGGAGUCUUUCUUGCAUUUGACUGGAAAAUUAGCUUCUGUGGGUAUUCAUUUGACAUUUCAUUCUCCUGUUAGAAUUUGUAUCCCCUGUUUGAACUCCUAGUCUGAAAGCCAGUUUGGGCUUCAAAGCUUUCAGAGAUCGUUUUUUCUUCAUCUUUAUCUUUUGACAUUUGAAAGAUGUCUGGAUCGCCUGCUGGGCUGCAUCCCUCUGGGGUGAGGGCUGGGAAGUAUAGUUUCUGGCUGUAAAGGGUGUUUAAUCCUGGUGAUCCUUGUAACAUUUCAAGAACAGCGUUGAGCUUCUCAUCCAGGUGGAGGUCUUGAUACACAGUUGUGCUUCCCUUUGUUUCAUCAGAUUACUGUCUCCUGUCUGUUUGUACUGGAAUGGUCAGUGCGACAAGUCGCAUACUAACUGAAUAUCAAGCACAACACAUAAACAGGGAAGUACAGAGAAGUUAUAUAAAGGAAGCCAUGCUGUGUAAAAGGAAACUGCUGUGUAAAAUGUUUUAUCAAUACUUACUCUGUAAUUAUAUGUGUGUUAAUGAAUACACAUUGAUCUAACACAUUGUUGAACCUUUUGCAGCCAAGUUUACUUUGAAUGUUUAAAGAUGUGGUAUCCUACAGUGAUAUCAUUUUUUUGCGGAUGGGUUCUGUUGCUCAUUAUCAAACCUGGCCCUUCCAGAACGAAACACGUAUAGCAGCACAGUGCCACAUGGUUUUGUAAGAGCACUUUAUUCACUCUAGAGUUAGACACCGCUGUGUGUAAAUGACGAUGUUGAAAAUGUUACCUCUCACUUUGCAGUAAAUUUGAAAAAAUAUUCGUAAUGACAAGAAAUAUGUAAUUAAUGGGAUGUUAAUUAAGGGAUGUUUUUGCUUCUUUUCAGUAAUGAAUGUCAGACAGAGGAGAGAUGGCUCUCUGAGCGACUCAGUAUGUUUUAUUUUAUCUUCAGAGUUGGUAGUUUAAUUUUCUUUUGAUUAAGACUUAUUGACUUUUUCAAAGCAUUAUUUGAGAUUAAAGUAUUUAAGGAUGUAAUAAAAACAGGUAAUGACUGAA